CCUUCUUUUACCUCAAAUUCAAAAUCUGUUCUGAAUUGAAAUCCAUUUCAAUUUGUUGUCACCAUCGAGAAAGCAGCCCUCUCUCAGACUAUCAGUCUCACCACCGUCCACGGCCACCACCGUCCAUCUUUUCCGUCGUCUGCAACUCUGCUCCAGGGCUCCAGGCCACCGCCACCAUUUUCUCCGUCGUCUGCGAUUCUGCUCCCGGCCACGGUCCAGUCGGCCACCAUCUUCCCCGUCGUCUGCUCCAGUGCUCCAGGCCACCACGAGUCCACCGUCCACCAUCUUCUCCACUAGGUUGAUAGAGACUUCUUGAACUCCCGAACAACUAUGAUUUACACAGCAAUCGACACUUUUUACCUAACAGCGGAACAACUUAAGAACUCCCCUUCUCGGAGAGAUGGAAUAGAUGAAGCCACUGAGACUACCCUUCAAAUCUAUGGAUGUGAUCUUAUCCAAGAAAGUGGAAUUUUGUUGAAACUACCUCAAGCUGUUAUGGCCACUGGUCAAGUACUAUUCCACCGCUUUUACUGCAAGAAGUCAUUUGCUCGUUUUAAUGUGAAGAGGGUUGCUGCUAGUUGUGUGUGGCUUGCCUCAAAACUUGAAGAGUGUCCUAGGAAAGCCAGGCAGGUCCUCAUUGUUUUCCACAGAAUGGAAUGUCGGAGGGAGAAUUUACCCACAGAACAUUUGGAUAUCUCUGGACAGAAAUAUGUUGAUUUGAAGGCAGAUUUGAUCAGAACAGAAAGGCACCUUCUGAAAGAGAUGGGUUUCAUCUGCCAUGUUGAACACCCCCACAAAUUUAUAUCAAAUUAUAUUGCAACUCUUGGAAUGCCUGAUAAAUUGAGACAGGAAGCAUUGUAUCUUGCAAAUGACAGUUUGCGCACAACUCUGUGUGUUAGAUUUAAGAGUGAAGUUGUGGCUUGUGGAGUUGUGUAUGCUGCAGCCCGUAGAUUUCAUAUACCCUUGCCUGAGAAUCCUCCAUGGUGGAAAGCAUUUGAUGCAGAUAAGGCUGGGAUUGACGAAGUUUGCCGACUUCUGGCCCAACUUUACAAUCUUCCAAAGGCACAAUAUAUAUCUGUAUGCAAGGAAGGUGGUUCUUUUUCAACAUCAAAUAGAUUAUGGGAUUCACCUUCUCAACCAGUGCCGAAGGAAGUGGCAUCAAAUGGCCCUUCUGCAAAUGAUGACACUGGUACUCCAAAGGGCGCUUCUGCAGCAAUGAGCCAGGAAUCUGGUAAAGAUGCAAUAACCAGGGCUCCUCUUGAGAAGGCAAAGGAAUCAAAGAGUGAUGAAGAGUCUAAAAGCGUGGCUUCUGAAGAACCAGGUUCAAAAUCAAUAACUGUGCAUAAAGCUGAAGCAGGUGGGGAAAAGGCCAAGGACAGGGACAGGGAUAAGGAUAGAGGCAGGGAGAGGAAGAAGGAAAGAUCAAAGUCAUGGGACCGUGAUAGUGAUAGGGAAAGGGAGCGAGAGGAUAUUGAAAGGGAAAGGGAUAGGGCCAAGGGGAGGGGCUAUCAUUCAAGAGACAAAGGGCACCUGGAGAGGUCAAAACCUCACUCUUCUCGAGAGCGUGAGUAUCAUAGUUCCUCGUAUUCAUCGAGGGAGAAGGAUCGCCGCAGACAUCACUAAUGUACAGUCUUGAACUUGAAGAUGAGUUUGUACUUUUGGCAUUUCAGUUGGCUGGUAGUUAGUUAUGGUAUGAAAAGAGUUUACAGUUGUGGUGCUUAGGUGUUAUCUGCUAUACUUGUUUGUAUUACACCCAAUUAUUUAUCUGUAUAAUGAGAAAAGCACUACUU